GAGGAGACCUGGUGUUCGUCGCCAGUGGCUCAAGGAGGACGGGGUCCAGGAGCUGGAGACCUGCCUCCGCUGCCGUGUUACCUCGUUCUCUGGGGAGGCGCCACCUCUUGUCGCCCUGGGCUUCCCCUGCCCUGCAGUGCCGGAUAAGAACUUCAGUUUUCUGUUGAUUUGGAGCUAUAGGGAUACCUCCUACUUUCCUGUUUUUAAGAAGGGAGUUUUUUAUUGAAACUGGAAGACCAAAAGAAUUACAAACAUGUUGUGUUGGGGAAAUGCAUCUUUUGGACAGCUAGGUUUGGGUGGAAUUGAUGAAGAAGUUGUGCUAGAACCCAGAAAAAGUGACUUUUUUAUAAAUAAAAAAGUCCGAGAUGUAGGGUGUGGACUCAGACAUACUGUAUUUGUUCUGGAUGAUGGAACUGUGUACACAUGUGGAUGUAAUGAUCUAGGACAGCUAGGUCAUGAAAAAUCCAGAAAGAAACCAGAGCAGGUUGUUGCCCUGGAUGCCCAAAAUAUCGUAGCUGUUUCAUGUGGAGAAGCUCAUACGUUAGCACUAAAUGACAAGGGCCAGGUGUAUGCUUGGGGUCUCGAUUCUGAUGGACAACUUGGCCUGCUAGGACCAGAGGAAUGUAUCAGAGUACCCAGAAAUAUUAAAAGUUUGUCAGAUAUCCAAAUAGUACAGGUUGCGUGUGGUUACUAUCAUUCACUUGCACUUUCUAAAGCAAGUGAAGUCUUCUGUUGGGGACAGAAUAAAUAUGGCCAAUUGGGUUUAGGCAUUGACUGUAAAAAGCAAGCUUCACCACAGCUGAUUAAGUCUUUGCUUGGAAUCCCUUUCAUGCAAGUUGCAGCUGGAGGAGCCCAUAGUUUUGUCCUCACCCUUUCUGGAGCUAUCUUUGGAUGGGGACGCAACAAAUUUGGUCAACUAGGUCUUAAUGAUGAAAAUGAUAGGUAUGUUCCUAAUUUACUAAAGUCAUUAAGAACUCAGAAAAUAGUUUAUAUUUGUUGUGGAGAAGAUCACACUGCUGCACUAACCAAGGAAGGUGGAGUGUUUACUUUUGGAGCUGGAGGGUAUGGCCAGUUGGGUCAUAACUCUACCAGUCAUGAAAUAAACCCAAGGAAAGUUUUUGAACUUAUGGGAAGCAUUGUCACUCAGAUUGCUUGUGGAAGGCAGCACACUUCUGCUUUUGUUCCUUCAUCAGGACGAAUUUAUUCUUUUGGACUUGGUGGUAAUGGGCAGCUAGGAACUGGUUCAACAAGCAACAGGAAAAGUCCUUUUACUGUGAAAGGAAAUUGGUUCCCUUAUAAUGGGCAGUGUCCACCAGUUAUUGAUUCUGAAGAAUAUUUCUGUGUAAAAAGAAUUUUCUCAGGUGGAGAUCAAAGCUUUUCACAUUACUCUAAUCCCCAGAUUUGUCAUUUUGAGAUUUUUAAAUUUCUUUUUAGUGAAAUAGAUGGAACAUUUUCUUCCUCUGGUUGUCUAAAUGGAAGUUUUUUAGCUGUUAGCAAUGAUGAUCACUAUAGAACAGGCACCAAAUUUUCAGGUGUUGAUAUGAAUGCUGCUAGGCUUUUAUUCCACAAACUUAUUCAACCUGAUCAUCCUCAAAUAUCUCAGCAGGUGGCAGCUAGUUUGGAAAAGAAUCUUAUUCCUAAACUGACUAGCUCCUUACCUGAUGUUGAAGCACUGAGGUUUUAUCUUACUCUACCAGAAUGUCCCUUGAUGAGUGAUUCCAACAAUUUCACAACAAUAGCGAUUCCUUUUGGUACAGCUCUUGUGAACCUAGAAAAGGCACCACUGAAAGUACUUGAAAACUGGUGGUCAGUUCUUGAACCUCCACUAUUCCUCAAGAUUGUAGAGCUUUAUAAGGAAGUUGUGGUACAUCUUUUGAAACUCUACAAGAUCGGCAUUCCUCCUUCCGAAAGAAGAAUUUUCAACAGUUUUCUUCAUACUGCAUUAAAGGUUUUAGAAAUAUUACAUAGGGUAAAUGAGAAAACUGGACAGAUUAUACAGUAUGAUAAAUUUUAUAUACAUGAAGUACAAGAAUUAAUAGACAUAAGGAAUGAUUAUAUCAACUGGGUCCAGCAGCAGGCCUAUGGAGUGGAUGUCAACCAUGGAUUAACUGAGUUGGCAGAUAUCCCUGUUACAAUUUGCACAUACCCAUUUGUAUUUGAUGCCCAAGCAAAAACUACUCUGUUACAAACAGAUGCAGUCUUGCAGAUGCAGAUGGCUAUUGACCAGGCCCACAGACAGAAUGUCUCCUCUCUUUUUCUCCCAGUGAUUGAAUCUGUGAAUCCCUGCUUAAUUCUAGUGGUGCGUAGAGAAAAUAUUGUGGGAGAUGCAAUGGAAGUCCUUAGGAAAACAAAAAAUAUAGACUACAAAAAGCCACUCAAGGUUAUAUUUGUUGGAGAAGAUGCUGUGGAUGCAGGAGGGGUACGCAAAGAAUUUUUCUUGCUCAUCAUGAGGGAAUUACUGGAUCCUAAAUAUGGCAUGUUUAGGUAUUAUGAAGAUUCCAGACUCAUUUGGUUUUCUGAUAAGACAUUUGAAGACAGUGAUCUGUUCCAUUUGAUUGGUGUUAUCUGUGGAUUAGCAAUUUAUAAUUUUACUAUUGUGGACCUCCAUUUCCCUUUGGCUUUGUACAAGAAAUUGCUGAAAAAGAAGCCAUCCCUGGAUGAUUUGAAAGAACUAAUGCCUGAUGUUGGGAGAAGCAUGCAACAGUUACUGGAUUAUCCAGAAGAUGAUGUUGAGGAAGCAUUUUGUCUUAAUUUUACGAUCACAGUUGAAAACUUUGGUGCAACAGAAGUGAAAGAGCUGAUUCUAAAUGGUGCAGACACAGCUGUUAACAAACAAAAUCGGCAGGAGUUUGUUGAUGCUUAUGUGGAUUACAUAUUCAGUAAAUCAGUGGCUUCCUUGUUUGAUGCUUUUCAUGCGGGCUUUCAUAAGGUCUGUGGAGGAAAAGUCCUUCAGCUCUUUCAGCCUAAUGAACUUCAAGCAAUGGUUAUUGGAAAUACAAAUUAUGAUUGGAAGGAACUGGAAAAGAAUACAGAAUACAAAGGAGAGUAUUGGGCAGAACAUCCUACAAUAAAAAUUUUUUGGGAAGUAUUUCAUGAAUUACCACUGGAAAAGAAAAAACAAUUUCUGUUAUUUUUGACAGGUAGUGAUCGAAUUCCUAUUCUUGGUAUGAAGAGUCUAAAACUAGUCAUCCAGUCAACAGGAGGUGGUGAGGAGUAUCUCCCAGUUUCUCAUACCUGUUUUAAUCUUCUGGAUCUUCCAAAAUACACAGAAAAAGAAACUCUACGCUCUAAACUGAUCCAAGCUAUUGAUCACAACGAAGGCUUCAGUUUAAUAUAACUUUCAAGUUAUAACUACUAUUCAGUUUACUGCGAAAGCAUUAAAGUGACAAUUUGUGUUUUUCUUAUGAUGAAUUCAGCAAGGUGACAGAGGUACUAUUUUAAUUCUUACUUGCAAAAUGUUCAAUGCUAUGAAUAUUCACGAAAGCCAAAAAUAUUAAAGGAAAAUGAACAAAUUGUUAAUAUUAAACUUACUGUACAGAACCAUGGAUUUUUUUUGCCAUCUUUGAAUAAACGUACAAAUAUUGUGAAUACACUGAAGUUUUACUGACAUGACUUUUAAGAGUUUGCCUAUUUCACAGAUGAUCUGGUGUGUGAGUGCAUGGAAAUGUUGCUUAAUUUUUCUUCAAUCACUGAGUGAAAAACCUUUACUUUUGGCCUGCAAUAGUCAUUCAAUUAUUUUUUCAUUUUGUAAAUAAUGUUAAGUUUUGUAAUAAAAUAGUUAUGUUCUGAUACCA